AUGAAAACACCUCAAAGGCAAAGGCUUGAAGUGAUAGGCGCCUACCAAUAUGUGGUCACUUUUCUCUUCAUGGAUAAGUGCCUUUCCUGCACCCUUCUGGUCUUCUUUCUCCAUUUUACCCGGCUCUGGUCCUUCUCUGUUCUCUAUUUCGUGUGGCUGUACCUGGACUGGAACACAUCCAUCCAAGGUUGUCGGGCCCUCACCUUGCAUUCUGUGCCUCUUCCUCUGUAUAUCUCCCCGAAUACCUCAAAGCUACAGAAAACCUCAGAGCUGACGGCUGAGCGGAAUUACGUGCUGGGUGCCCACCCCCAUGGGAUCAUGAGCACAGGAAUCUUCUGUAAUUUCUCCACAGACAGCAACGCCUUCUCCUAGCUCCUUUUUGGGCUUAGGCCUUGGGCGGCCACUGCUGGACUCUUCUACCUCAUUGGCCCACUUCUGUCCGCAGGGCUGUGUCCUGUGAGUCGACAGAGUCUGGACUUCAUUCUGUCAGAGCCCCAGCUUGGCCAGGCAAUGACCAUCCUGAUUGGGGGUGCCCAGGAAGCCCUGUACGCGGUUCCAGGGGAGCACUGCAUCACACCAAGGACGCGGAAAGGCUUUGUGCGCCUGGCUCAAAGGCACGGGCCCUCCCUCGUGCCUGUGUAUUCCUUUGAUAUCUACAGAAUCAAGUCUUUUGACCAAAACUCCUGGCAGCGUCGAUGCCAAAUUGCCUUUAAGAGACUCACAGGAUUCCCUUGCAUCUUCUGGGGCCGUAGUCUCUUCUCGGCCAACCUCUGGGGUCUGGUACCAUUUGCCCAGCCCAUCACUACUGUGGUGGGCCGCCCCAUCCCUGUGCCCCAGUCUCUCAAACCCACCGAAGACCAAGUGGAUCAUUAUCACCGGCUCUACAUGAAGGCUCUGGAGCGGUUGUUUGCAGACCACAAGGAGGCCUGUGGUGUCCCUGCUUCUAUGCACCUCACCUUCCUCUAG